CUCAAAACCACUUUCGAACACAAAAGUCGCUAUUCCAUCUUUGCCUCGGACAAUCACUCAAAUCCCAUUUCAAGUCCCUAACUCCACUCCACCUUCCUUUCCCAAUUCCCCAACUUUCCUUCCUUUCAAACCCCAAAUUUUCACCCCAAAAUUGUUCUCUAAUGCAAACCUUGGAUACCCUUUGAAGUCUUCUUCGAGAGUUUCUUGCUCUAAAGGUGAGUUCUUGGUUGAUUCCUGUUUUUCUUGUAUACAUGUGUAGCUAUAAUUGAUGGGAAAUUUUUGUACUUUGCAAGAUUUCUGAUGUGGGUUUUGUGAAAAUUUUGAUCUUUAUGGUGUUUGUAAGAAAUUUUUGGCUGUUGAAUGAGUAUUAGAGGCUUUGGGUUAUUUUUCAAUGAUGGCACCACCAACUUCUAGAAGAAAGAAAUGGACUGAGGCAGAAGAGAGGACUUUAAUAGAUAAGUAUGGUGAGAUGGUCUGUGAUGGAACUUUAGCUAAAAUGAAAACUAGGGAGAAAAAAUUUAAGCCUAUUGCCUUGUAUGUUAAUUCUGUACACCAUGUUAGGGACCCCGUUACAUACCCUUGGCAGUGGACUUGGAAAGAUGUGUCAGUAAAAGUGCAGAAUAUGAGGCAUCAGUAUGCUUUGGUUAAGCAGAAGAUUAAGAAAAUGGAGUCUGUUGGCGAUUCGGGUUGCGGGGAUGAGUUUGAUUGGAUGGAGGGGCUGACGUAUUGGUCGAAUUUUCUUAGCUAUAAGGAGGUUUUUGGUGACGUGUCAGUUGUACACAAUAGUUGCGAUUCAUUAGCGAUUGUCGGAGAUUGUAAUGAUAAUGAUGGGGGUUUUGAUGGUGGCGUUCAUGGGAUGGAUAUGACUCAGUUUGAUCAUCUGGGUCAUGUGGGUGAUGAUGAUUUUGCACCUGGUCUUGAUGGGGUCGAUAAUGGGAUUAUCAGUUUGGGGUUCCAUUAUGAGCGUGAGGAAGGAGAGGAGAAUUUUAAUGGAGGUAAUAAAAGUAAUAGUCAUGUAAAAGAGGAUGGGGAUGAUGGAUUCGUUUAUGAAGGCACUGAGCCUACUGGUUCUGAUACAAGGAAGAAGAGGAAGGUCUCAAAAGGGUUGGAAAAGAAGGCAUGGAGGUUUCUGGCAAACCAAUUGGGACAGCUAAGGGAAAUGGAAACCCAAUUUGAGCAGCGUGAAGCUGAUAGAGAACGGGAGAGGUUGAGGAGAGAACGCCUUCUCAUGGAAAUUGAGCAGGAACGAGACAUGAAAUGGCAAGAAAGAGAAAAGGAGAGGGAAGAAAGGGAAAUAUCUAGGGAGAAGCUGAGAAAACAGAGGAUUCUUGAAUGGGAGACCAUGGAAAAGGAAAUUGAAGACCGGGAAAGGAGAAGACGAGAUGAAGACUUAAUGUUUGAGAGGCAAUGGGAGGAAAGGAUGAAUAGGAGUAGAUUGGAAUGGGAGAAGAGGAUGGAUGACAUGUUAAGUCAGCACAGAGCACAAAUGAGCCAGAUACAGACUCGAUUAGUUCACGAACAACAGAGUCUCACUAGUCAGUUGCUUGGUAUUGUUUCACAGUGGACGGGUCAUCCAACUGGUCUCUCUGACCACACUGGUGCUAGUAGCGAUUAUCUUAAUCAGAUGAUACAAAAUCUUCACCAUGUAAAUGGUUUGGUGCAUGGUGAUGCAAGGGUUGAUGGUGAUAACCAAGAAGAUCAAUUUAUCGUGGAUGGCUGAUAGUAUCAUUGCUCCCUUUGAUAUAACACAAAAAUACAGAGUUGCAGAAUUGUAGAGGGAUAUCCGGGCCUUUGGUGCGACUAAUCCCCUGCGACUCGAGAGAAGAUGUCCAUUUCUCUCGAACACGUUAACCUGGGAUUCGAUUCUUGGUGGUCAUAUCCUAAAGAGGAGCAACACACCACACGAGCUACCCCGCAUUGGGUCACUAAUAUCUAUCUUGAUGUAUGAAAUUUUUAUUACCCAAAAAAAAAACACACACACACACACACUAGUAAUUUAAACCAGCAACAUGAAGAGAAAUUCCAUUUCUGCUCGUGUUGUUGGAAAGUCAAUUGUCAUUGGGCUAUCCUCCAAAAGAAUAGGAUCAUUUAUUGUUCCUACAAUUGUCUCCUGUAGCAUAAUUUCCUCAUUGUCCCAAAAUCACACAAUUGUUGUGUACUUUGCCUCUCUCUCAUAAUACCCUUUCUUCUCUUCUCUUAGCUCACUAUAUAUUCACUGCAAGUAGAUACUUGUCCCAUAUCCUCUGUGUUUCUCAAUCUCUAUCUUAUUUCAGAGACAAGAGUCUUACAAAAGAAAGUUAUUGACAUUAAAGGCCUUUCACGGAGAAAAUGGCAAGCCUAAAGGAAACAGGGAAUAUUGCAAAAUGUCUUGAAGAAAAAUUCCCCUCUGUGGAUAUCAACAAAGAACUAAAUCCCGGACAAGAUAGAAGUUUUGUAGUGGAUCCUAUAUCAUCUAAGAUAGCCAGUUCGACGGAGACAAAGUCCAAGGACCAAGGGGAAGGAAACAAGGGAAGUGACAAUAGGCCACAGAAGUUUGUGUAGGUUCUCCUUGAUUCAGAAGUGCAUGGCAUUUUGUGUAUCCUCCAUCCCGUGAAAGAUGACAAUUUCAUACAUGACCAUUUUUGGGUUACGAGGGACCUAGGUUUAGUGUUCUUGUUUUUUCUCGAGUGUAUACAUGGUAAGUCAUCAGUUCUACUAGGGCAAUUUCAUAACCUAAAAACUCUUUUGACAAGGGGCACAUU